AUGAAAGUCGGCGGAAUCCCAUGGCUUUGCUUGGAGCAUAACCUAGUCUUUGGAAAGGAUUCGGAACUGUUGUUUCAUGCGCAGAAAACUCACAACACGACUUUACUCUUUUUCUGCAAGAGGUGCUUCUUUGCUACACUGAAUGAGAUAACGAUUGUAAGACAUCUACGGGGUUGUUGUGUCGUGAAACCAACGACAGAAGUUUGGCCACAAACAGCAUCUCUUCAAGGCGAAGCCGGCUUGGGUGUGGUUGCUGCUAACGCAGUUCACUACCAGCCGCGUGACGAAAAACAAUGGAUAAUGGCUCUCAAAAGCGCUGGUCGACCUGAAACCGCCCACCCGUCUCUUUGCACACACAGGACGCUUCUGGCUCAAAAUCACCCUGUUAUCUUAUGCAAAGAUCGAGAUUGUAACACUUGGUACGUUCAACCGACUUAUCUGGCCAUAUUUGAGGAAGAAACAAAUCGAGUCCGCGCCUUGGAGGUAUCAGAGAGAUGCGUGACCGAAAAUCCUUGGAAGGUUUUAACGAAAUUGGAAAAGAUGCAAAAGGAG